AUGAGGCGGUACCAAGAAGCCCUUGAGGAAUCUCUUAUAAGAAACUUCCAUCGCAAUAACCUUAUUUGCGGCAUGAGCCUUAGCAACGACUACAUUUACAGCUCAAAGCAUGGUGCAGCUACUAGGGUAUCAGAGGAUUUCAUGCCAAUGGAGCCAACAUUUCAGACCCUACAUGUUGCUGCUGUAGCUUUUAACAGUCUUCUCAUGGGAGAGAUUGCGGUUCCAGAUUGGGACAUGUUCUUUAGUGCCCAUUACACAGCUAAGUUCCAUGCUGCAGCAAGGGCAUUGGGGGGAUGUCCAGUAUAUGUAAGUGACAAGCCAGGCAGCCAUAAUUUCAAUGUUCUUAAAAAGCUUGUACUGCCUGAUGGCUCUAUUCUAAGGGCUAGAUAUGCUGGCUGUCCUGCUCGGGACUGUUUAUUCAGUGAUCCAGUCCUAGAUGGAAAGAGUCUACUGAAGAUUUGGAAUUUAAACAAGUUCUCAGGAGUCAUUGGUGUGUUCAAUUGCCAAAGAGCAGGAAGUGGCCACCAACCGCCGGUGCUCCAUAUGAGCCUCUCUCAGAAUCGACACCACUGCCUCUUUCCGGCCUUGUCAGCCCCUUAGAUGUCGAUUUGCUUGAAGAGGUUACAAAUGAAAGUUGGAGAGGAGAGUGUGCAGUAUAUGCAUUCUAUUCAGGUCACACUACCACCUUGUUUCAGUAUGAAACUUGUGGCUACACAUACCAUUUUCUUAGGGUUUUUGGUCCCUAUAUUCAAUUUGCCCCAAUUGGAUUGCUUCAUAUGUACAACUCAGGAGGAGCCAUUGAAUCUCUGCAUUGUAAAAAUGAACUUUCUGAAUGUGUGGUGAAGGUCCGAAUCCGAGGAUGUGGUCGAUUUGGAGCCUACUCCAACAAAAAACCAAGGUCUUGUAUUGUGGACAAGAAAGAGGAGUUUAUAGUCUACAAUGCCAAGAAUGGUUUGUUGCUACUUAAACUUCAUGGCCAAUGCAGUGUAAGAGAGAUUGAAAUUGUGUAUUGAGUUUUGCGACUGCAAGUCUGCAGCUCCUGAGGGGCUCUAAACUUUGUU